CAUCUUCGAAGCAUCAACAGGACCCCAACCUGCUUUGUACCUUUUUACGCGUCUGAUCCCCGAGCCGACAACGAGCCAGCAUGUCGUCGCAAUCUGAGAAUCUGGCGCCCAGCUUCGCGCCCUUUUUCGGCAUGAGCGGCAUCGCCUUCGCAAUGAUAUUCGGAUGCAUGGGAGCAGCCUAUGGCACAGCAAAGGCAGGCAUCGGCAUUGCGGGCAUUGGAACAUACAGGCCAGACCUGAUCAUGAAGUCUCUCAUCCCCAUCGUCAUGUCUGGUAUCUUGGCUGUCUACGCCCUCGUCAUAUCCGUCCUCAUCGCCAGCGACAUCAAGCCUCCGCCGGACACACAUUACUCGCUAUACGCUGGAUUCAUGCACAUGGCGGCUGGCCUCUCCGUCGGCCUCUCAGGUCUUGCUGCAGGUUAUGCGAUUGGAAUCGUUGGAGAUGCUGGCGUGCGCUCUUUCAUGAGUCAGUCGAGAAUCUUCGUCGGCAUGGUGCUCAUUCUCAUUUUUGCCGAAGUCCUGGGUCUUUACGGACUCAUCGUCGCUCUCAUUCUAAACACACGGGCAAGUGGCUGAAGGCAGAGACGCUGUCCGUUAUUUGUACGACUAGUUGGUGUAGAUUAGUUGGACGAGCAUGCAACAUAUUGGAGUUCGGGAAAUAUUGGGGUGAUGCAACCCAAGAGCUGACGCGGGCCACACACACACACACACACUUUAUUGCCAUGGUCAGCGCGGUCAGCUUGAGUAGAGCCUGUAGAGGGCUUCUAAAUGUUAUAUGUGACUGUUAUAUGUGCAUAGCGUUAGCGGCAGUUGGACAUGCUAAUAUAUCAAAUCGAGGAGAACAAUGGCAAGUAGGCCGAGGGCAGAAUGUCGGCAAAACUGUGUGAGAUGUAUUAUUAGUAGUAGUAGUCGAAGUAGUCGAAGUCGAGUACCAUGGUUCCCCCCUCUGCACCGUACCAAG